AUGUCAAAUAUUGAUCACGAUGAUGACGGUCUCGCUGCAUAUCGUCAUGCAUUAACGACUCAAGCUCCAGAAAAUUCAUCUUCUAAGCAAGACAAACGUACUGAACUACGCUCACGUUUCCUAAAUGUUCUUGAAUAUCUCCAAAAGAAUAAAAAUAUUUCGCCAAUAGAACUUGAUUUUCAUCGCGAAUCAUCACUAACUGCCACUCAUUGUCUUAGUAUAGAUUCGAACUUCUCGCAAAUCUUAGUUCAAGAUCUACAAACCUAUAUCAUUUACCAUUCCAUCGUUAUGAUAACUACAAUUGAACAGCAAACUAUAACAGCAGCAGCCACUUUGAGCGAUAAAACACCAUUUGUGUAUAUCGAUUCUUGUUUGAUUCAAUCGACUAACGAAGAAGAUGACGAACAGUACGAAGGUUGUUCUUGCUCCAUUGAAGAUACAUGUUUGAAUUGUUCAUGUGCAACUCGCUUUGGUCUCAAUUAUGAUCCCACACAUUGUUUAAAUCCCAACAAAUCAACUCCGAUAUUCGAAUGUAAUUCCGAAUGCAAAUGUUCACUGGAAACAUGUCACAAUCGUGUUAGUCAACAAGAAGAUCAAUCCAACAACGUAACAAUCCUUUCAGCAUCAAAUAAAGGCUACGGUGUUAUAGUUAACAAACAGAUUCCUCGUUCAGGAACAUAUAUUGGCGAAUACGUUGGCGAAGUUGUUUCAGAGAAUGAAGCACAUCGUCGGAUUGCGUUAACAAAAACGUUCGAACAUAAUUAUUUACUACUUUACAAUGAGCACCAUUUACAAACAAUUACAAAAACAUUUAUUGACGCACGCUAUUACGGAAAUUGGACACGUUUUAUCAACCAUAGUUGUGACCCUAACUUACAUAUCGUCCCGAUUCGAGUGGAUCGACCAACACCUCCACGUUUAGCAUUUUUUACUCGACGAGAAAUUCAACCGAAUGAAGAAUUAUCCUACAGUUAUGGCACAAUCGUCGACGAGAAACUUUCUAAACCCUGCUUUUGUUCCAGUUCAGAGUGCACUGGCUUUAUGCCGUAUCAGUUAGCUGAUUGA